UCCUUAGUUGUGGCAUGUGAACUCUUAGUUGCAGCAUGCAUGUGGGAUCUAGUUCGCUGACCAGGGAUCAAACCCAGACCCCCUGCAUUGGGAGCUAGAAGUCUUAACCACUGUGCCACCAGGGAAGUCCCUAACUGAUUGGGUAUUGGAAGCCCAAUCCCUGGGAACCUGUCAGAUCACAAAUCAGGCCAAGUGCAUUAAAGACAACUACAAAGUAAUAGCUAGAGGGAACCCAGCUUUCGCUUGUUUUCAUACCAAAGUACUGUAUUCCUAAGAAACACUGUUCAUCAGCCAUUAAUUACCAACCUGAGAAUGCCCAUCACUCAUUUUGGAGAAUUUCUAGUUUGAUAACUGAAAACUCUCAUUUAAAAAAAGGUUUAUUGCUUAUCUGAUCAAUGACCCAUUUCACUUGGGAGUGUGGGGAGGAAAACUUUUUUCCUCUUCCAACUUGAGUCUGGUGAUUGGGUCCUGCAAAUUAACUGACAAUAGACAGAUUAAAAACAGAAAAUACAAGAUUUAUUUACCAUUGGGAGGAGGUGAGUUUCCAAUAAUGGAAACCUCCUGGAAUAGCCUUUAGUAACUUUAUGUAUCUCAAUUUAACAAGGGGGGGGGGGUUAGGACUUAAGUGGGAGAGUAUGGAAGGUUCUUUUGGGCUUUUUCUAAUUGCAAUGGACUUUCUGUCUCCAGGGCUACUGAAUUAUCAGGAAACUCCCUUGGAAGGGGGUUAAAGGUAGCUUUAUUUUCAGGAGGCUUUGCUUUAGUCAGAUUAAGAGAAAUUCAGAUAAAAUUUCUUUCCGUAUCUUCUAUAGCUCAAAUAUUUUCACUUUAAUCUUUAUACCAACUUUGGGGGUCCAAGUGAGUUCCCACUGGGGAAAAGUUCUUGUCCAAAUAUCCAAAGAGGAACUUUUCUGAAGCCUUGGGAUCUGUCUAAGCACGCCCGGGUUGUGACUGAUUGCUGUCAGAGAUUAAGCGGUGUCUGGGGCAUCUCUGUUAGCGAUUACAGACAGGCAAGAGUGUGUCAAGAAGUGGUUUUUCAAAGAGCCCAUAAGAAGGCAAAAAAGAGGGAGAGCAAUAAUCGUUGUUCUUUGAGAAGGUAGGGUGGUGUGAGACAAAGUUCACAGCGGUCCUGGCCAGGCAAACCACGAUCUGGAGCUUGGGGGCCAGAUUUGGGGAACCUCAGGUUCCCAGGCUCCAGCUGGUCGGCUGUGAGUGUUUGUUCAAAUUACUUCCUCAAGUAGACUGAGGAUAACAAUAUCUAACUCUUGGAGUUGUAAGGAUUCACUGAUUCCGGAGGCAGGGCGCCGGGCUCGGAGCGAGCGCUCACUUGGGUCUCUUCUCUCGGGGGAUGGGUGGGGUAGAGAACAGAAGACUCCUCAAGAGGGCUCCCAAGACUUGCGUCAUUCGUCACUUUGGCUGGCGUAUACAAACUCCACCAGAGCCCCGAGAUCAUUUUUUAGUUUCUCUUCUUUCCGAAGAAGCCUCUCGGUGCCCAGCUGGGGAGCCUGACCCUCGAGGCACCUAGAACUGAGCGGGAGCCGUCCGGUGGUCGCCGCGGUCGCCGGCAGACGAGUCCGAGUCUGUUCGCUCUCUUUCCACUGGGCCGCCGUCGCGAUCGACUUUAAAUCUGACACAGGGACCCCCAAGUCGGUGAGACCUGGCCUCUCGACCCAAGCCUAGCGGGAAACCGAAACCGCUGCGCUCGGCUGACGGCGGCGCACAGCGCACGCUCCCUCUGCCGGGGCGCGCCCGCCCCCACUCUAGUAAGUUUCGAUUCUCCGAGAGGCAGAGUCCGGUGCGGCGGCCAGGCCAGCGCAGCGCGCCAUGGCCGACCCGGGAGUGUGCUGCUUCAUCACCAAAAUUCUGUGCGCCCACGAGGGCCGCAUGACCCUGGAAGAGCUGCUCGACGAGAUGCAGCUCCCCGAGGCGCAGCUCCGCGAGGUGCUGGAGGAGGCCGGGCCCGACCGCUUCGUGCUGUUGGAGAAGGGCGGCAAGGAAGGGGUCAUCCGAUCGGUGGUGGCCACCACUCGUGCCCGGGUCUGCCGUCGCAAGUACUGCAACAAACCCUGCGGAAAUCUGCAUCUCUGCAAGCUCAACCUGCUGGGCCGGUGCCACUAUUCGGAGCGGAACUUAUGCAAAUAUUCUCACGAUGUUCUCUCAGAAGAUAACUUCAGUGUCCUGAAAAAUCAUGCACUCUCUGGGCUGAACAAAGAUGAAUUAGCGGUGCUCCUUCUCCAAAAUGACCCUUUUUUUAUGCCGGAGAUAUGCAAAAAUUAUAAGGGAGAGGGUGGAAGACAGAUUUGUAACCAGCAGCCACCGUGUGAAAGGCUCCACAUCUGUGAACACUUUACCCGAGGGAAUUGUGGUUAUGCCAACUGCUUCCGGUCCCAUAACCUGAUGGACAGAAAGGUCCUGGCCAUCAUGAGGGAGCAUGGGCUGAGCCCGAGCGUGGUCCAGAACAUCCAGGACAUCUGUGACAACAGGCACCGCCGCAAGAAACCCUCUGGCUGGAGAGGACCUCCUGCACAUCGUAGAGACGGGGCGCACAGAGGCAGAAGCAAGAGCAGGGACCGGGGCAGCGGGGAGUUUCCUCCGUCUGCUUCGGCUUCUGCCCAGAGGUCCUGCUCCUCCAGCCCAGUUCCCGCCGCCCGCGCGUCCCCCCCGGAUGCCGGGCCCGUGGAGGAUCUCGCCCGCAAGCUCACGCAUCUGGGAACUCAGGAGCGCCCUCCGCCCUCCUCAGCCUCGUCCGCAGCUGCCAGUCUUGGAAGGAUCGGACAUGGGGGAGGAAGCCAGAGGUUUUCAGAGAAUGGCGGUCCAGGGGGCCUUUUCUGCGGGAAUCACAGCAGUUCUUACUUCACUUUUGAGUCGACACCAGCUUCCCAGUGGAAGAUGCCCGCCUCCUGGCAGAAGGAGCAAGACACCGGUAGAGAGAGGUUGUUUCCUCCCAGUCAGGCUGUCUCCUUCUCUCCUCUCGGUUCUCCACCAACACCUGAAACCAUCACCACCAGAAAGAGCACGGCCGGCCUUUCCUCGGACGGUGUGAACCCGGAGGGCAGAAGUGGGAAUCAAGACAGCCGGCAUGUCCUGCUUUUCAACAAUAAUGUCGAUAGUGUGGCCACAGAUAGCACUUCUACGAGAUCGUUAAAUUACAAAACCACAACCAGUAGACAGAGAGAAAAAUCACUACCUAGGCAUCAGGACUCCGGAACGACUCGCAGUCACCUGCAGACCGCUGGCAGGAUGACAGCUGACGGUGAUGGGGCCGCGGCCUUUGCUAACGAUUCUGUAUCUGACGUUGCGAGUACCACAUCUUCUACGAAGGAUGAACAUGGCUCAAACGAAAUUUGUCUCGACCAUCUGUAUAAGGGUUGUCAACUUAAGAGCUGCAACAAAGAUCACUUCCACCUGCCCUACCGGUGGCAGAUAUUAACUGCAAACACCUGGAUAGACCUGCCGCUCAUGGAGGAGAUUGAGAAGGACUUCUGUGACCUCAAAAUCUGCACUUCUAUUGGAAAUCAUAAAAUCAACUUCCAGAAGAUGACCUAUGACUGUAGCCCCAUCCGACGUCUCUGCACGCCUUCAUCUGUCACAGUGCCAGCCGGUUCUCUCUUUGCCACAAAAUGGAUUUGGUAUUGGAGGAAUAGCUAUGACAGAUGGGUUCAAUAUGGGGAGAAGAAUGACAAUGAGCACAUUUCAAACAUUGACUCUUCAUACCUGGAGUCUUUCUUUCUAUCCUGUCCGAGAGGAAUUGUGCCAUUUCAGGCGGGUUCACGAAACUACGAACUGAGUUUCCAAGGGAUGAUUCAGACCAACAUAGCUUCCAAGACCCAAAAGGAUGUCAUCAGAAGGCCGACGUUUGUGUCUUACUGGGAUGUGGAGCGGGUGAAACGUGGACCAGACCAUCAACCGGUGCAGACCCAGUCAGAGCCUUUCAUCUUGGUAUCUCUUCCCCAACGGGACACGUCCGUCUCAUCCUCGAAUGAGUUUGAGUUGUUCGAGAUCAGUCACAGCGCUCUGGAAUAUGCCAAAGUAAGUGAUCGUUUUAAAGCUUCCAUGAAAAAUUUCAAGAUUGAAAAGAUAAAGAAGAUCCGGAAUGCAAAGCUCUUAAAGGCUUUUGAAAGGAAGAAAAAGGAGAUGAAGAGAGAUGAACAAAUCCUAUUUUGUGCGGCAAGAAGCGCCCAUGUGAAGUCUAUCUGUGCGAAUAAUUUUGACUGGAACUUACAUGGAAUUCACAACAUUAAAUAUGGAAAAGGAAAUUACUUCACAAAAGAUGCCAUCAACUCCCAUAAAAAUUGCCCAUUUGAUCCCAAAAACAUCGUUAUGUUUGUAGCCCGAGUCCUGGUUGGAGAUUUUAUUGAAGGACGUAUGGGUUACACGAGCCCUCCUUUUCAUUAUGACAGCUGUGUGGAUACAAGGUUGAAUCCCUCCGUUUUCAUCAUCUUUCAGAAAGAUCAGAUUUACCCAGAAUAUGUGAUUGAAUAUACCGAAACAGACAAAACCUGUGUGAUUAGUUAGAAAUGACGGCUACAGCGUCUUAAAGGAUGCCGUAAGCAUUCUGUUCACUUGUAGAACCAGAUUGCCCCAGAUAAUAGUUAAACUUACAUUUCUUCUCCUAUAAAUGCCUUGGAUCAGUGGUUCCCAAACUUUGCUGCAUAUUUGAAUCAUCUGGGAAGCUCUAAAAAAUUCCACUGUCCAGAUUGUACCCCGUUCCAACUAAAUCACUUUUUCUGGGGAUGAGAGCCAGGAAGGGGACUGAAAUGUGUCAGGAAGUUUGGGAAUCACUGCCCUAGAUGUAACUGGCAAAGACUCACUUCUAAAACUUCUGUAAUUGUAGCAACAUUUCUCUCCCAACUACUCUUUUAGUUUAUUGCUUGACAUGGUUUCGUUUUGGUUAAAUUGAAAGAAAAUUAAUUUGGGAAAUUUGAGAGAAAUCUAAAAAUGCCUAUUGAAAUAAGGACAUAAGACAGUACAGGCGUGGAUGGAAGACUGUGAAAAAUUGGACAAUUCUUAGGAAUAUACUGAGGAAAAAACACGAGGGCAGUUUAAAUGCUAGCAUGGACAUAACUGCAGUACUAUACCUUUUCUUUGUGGCGAAACUGAUUUGGGGGCAUGCGUUGCUUUAUCUCUACGUUUAUUUAGGACACUCCAUCCAGGUUGACUCUUUCUGGAAUGCAAUUUAAAAAGCUGCUACGUGUGGCUCAGGGAGAAGCAACGAACUGGAGUUAACUGCCCAUUUGGGCUCUUUUUAUAAUUAUGGCAAAGUAGACAUUUAUAUUCUAACUAAUAUGAUUACAGAGAAGGCUUUUUUUAGGUCAGACUUUUAUGAAGUGUUGGUAUUUUGGGGGGACGGAGUUGCAGUAACCAGAUUCACACAAGCAUGACUGAUAAACCUGAGUGCUGUUGUAGUCGUUCGCGGUGGCAGUUGAGGCUCACCAAGACGUUUGGAACAGGGCCAUCCUGCUGAAGGAUGGGCCACCUAAGGAGGUGAGAUUAGUUUCCUAGUGAGACAGAAUCAGAACGAAGAGAACAGUGCCCCAAACAAGCCUCGCACCUGCUGGGGCCUUCUUUUUCUAAAUAUAACAGAUUGUGCGGAAUUGUAGCACAGUCAGUUUUUAGAGCUGCUGAGGUGCCUGGACCAAGAAUUCCUUUCUUAUUAUGACUGAGGGUUUUCCUUUUCAACAUUCCACACAGGUUGCCGACAUUUCCUGUUAUAGUUCCUUCCAGCAGAUAUAUUAUAAAAAUGAAUUAGCAUUGGUGUUGAUUUUAUAUUAGACAACUCCUCAGCUUAAAAAAGGGGCCCAACAGUAACAAAUGUAUAGACAUGUUUUAGGGUAGGGUUAUUUUCUGAAAGGCUUGCCAAAAAUACUCUCAUUCACUUAUUUUUUUCAUGGUAGCUUCUUUGUGGAGUUUUAAUUUCCUGAUCUUGACCCUCACGUUGUAGACAUGCUAUUUAUCCAACUCUAUCCGACUGCCCAUUGGACAUCUCUAGUUGGAUAUUUCACAGGCAUCUCUAAUUCAGCACAUCCAAAAUGGAGCUGUUCAUCUGCCUCUCUCAAACAAAUCAGUUUUUCCUCUAGAAAAACAUCUGCUCAAGCAGAAAUCCAAAAGUCAUCUGACUUCUUUCUCUCCCUCCCCCUGCACAUCUAAGCAGUUCCCACAUUUUCCUUUUUAAAUAUCUCUUUGUCUGCUUCUAAGUUGUUCUUUGCUUAGCAGCAAGAAUUAAAAAUUUUUUACUUUCAAAACACAGAUCAUGCCUUUAGAAUAAGGUUCAAAUUCAUCAUUCAUGGCCCCACAUGCCCUCUCCCUUCCUAUCUUCUCAUUUAUUUUCUUUCACAAUCACCCUGGCUCUCUUUCAGUUCUUCGGUGCCCCUUUUAAUCUAGCUUGGUGGUUCUCACCCAGCACUCCUGCCUUUCUUUUAUUUUAAUGACAAAUAUUUUGUAACAUCCUCUUCAUUAUCCUCAAAAUAUAAUUCAAUGGUAAUGUACUCUACCUAUAUACAAUUUUAGAAGGAAAUUAAAAAUUAAAAUAUCAACAUAAAAGGGAAUGAAAGGUACAUAACUUGGGCACGACUAUACUACAAGGCCUUAUUAAGUAGUAAGAUGUUUACGUCUACUUAUAAAGCAUAAAUUAGAACUUAAAAGAAGGUAGGAGAUCAGAAGCUAUUCUGCAUAAAGAAGUGUGGGAAAAUGAAAAAGCAGGUAUACGAGGUCACAUCGGAACAAGAACUAGUGAUACAGUAACUUAUCUGCAUAUAAUAAUACUCAAUAAGAGAAAGCACGAAACCACCUUAAUGAAAUGAAGAUACUAGACAAGAAAAUCUAGGGACUUCCCUGGUUGCCCAGUGGUUAGGACUCCGAGCUUCCAGUGCAGGGGGCAUGGGUUCGAGCCCUCGGUCAGGGAACUAAGAUCCCACAUGCUGCAUGGCGUAGCCAAAAAAAGAUUUAAAAAUUUUUUAAAUAAAAAAAAUUUUAAAUAAAAUUUUAAAAAACAACGAAAAAAGAAAAUCUAGAGAUUGUCGAAAUGGAGAAAAUGAGAAAAUAACUAUAUUCUUGCCGGCGAGCUGUAGGUCAUACAUGAAUGUCUAGUGAGACAUUCAAAAUUCGGAUAGGGUGCACAGUAACUACUUAUUGUGAGGAGCUGUCCAGUGUAUCGCAGGAUAUUCAGCAUACUUGGCUCUCACAUACUAAAUGCCAGUAGCACCCUCCCUCCCACCCCCUUUAUGGUGGCAACCACAAACCCUAUCAAAUCUAUUCACCUUUCUCAGAGAAGAUAAUUUGUAACAUCCCUUUUGCUGUCCUGAGAUGAUUCAGAUAUUACAAUCUGUAUGAAUUUCUUGAGAAAUCAAUUUAUUGCCCUAUUAUAAUGGAGAAACAAAAGGAAAGAAGUUUGUAAUAAAGAUAAAAUGACUAUCAAUAUGUAAAUGCUCCAGCAUGACCACGCUAUAUGACAUCAUGAAAUAGAUACUUAUUUAUAGUGAAUAGGUUUGGAUUUAAGAGUCGAUCAGAGGUUACUUCCUGAAAAGAAGUACAGGAGAAUGAAAGGUUAGAAGUAUGGGUGACACCAGAAUGAAAACCAGUAUUAGGAUAAGUCAUAACAGACCAUAUACCUUCUCUGUAUGUGGUAAGGGAAAGGGCGAAAUUACCUUAACUGAACUAAGGAUAAUAGGACAAGACAAAUUACACGAUUGUCUAAGAGGAAAAAAGGAAUUAUAUUCUCUCAGGCAAGCUGUAGGUCCUCCAUAAAUGUCCAGUAGGACGUUAGAAAGUCGUAUAGGGAACCGAAUAAUUCUUCUUUGUGUGGGCUAACCCAUACACUGCAGGGCGUCUGUUUUCUCUAGCUGUAUCCGCUCAGUGCCAGUAAAAGUCCGUAAUUAUUAUGAAGUCAAUUCCCAACAACCCAUCAAUUUCCAAAAUACCACAGUGAGAACCACUCAGUUAACAUCUAGCAUCUUUAGAUGAGCUUGCUAACCUCCAUAAGGAGUCCUUCUGUAGAUUAAAUUGGAUGCUUGCCUCCCAAAUCCCUGGUUUUUUAAAACACUUUGCGCCUUGCUUUGUUCAUUUUAAGCAUCUAUCCAUCCAGCUUGGAGCUGUGUGCUUUCUGCAUUAGAAUCUAAGCUCCAUGAGAGCUGAGUUAGCCUGUCUUGUUCACUGUGUUACCCCAGAUACCUAGCUUCAUGAGGAAGAUUUGAAAUCUAUAGUUUGAGGCCUGCUAUGUGAACCCUGCCCGCCAAUAAUUGCAUAGAGAUGAUUGGAUAAGUAUAAAAUGUACUGUUCCUGCCUUUGCUCAGCUUUGUUUGAACUCCUGGGUCCUGUAACCCUUAGCAACCCCUGCAUUCUGUAACCACCUGUAAUUUAUAGAAACUGUGUAACCAAUCAGUUAGUACCAACUGUAGCUAUAUGUCUUAACCUAUAAAAGGAGAAAACUGGCCGAAAAUGGGGCCCAGAACUUUGAAGCGUUAGCUCGUCUGGGUCUGCCGGCUUAAUAAACCUGAGUUCUCCAACCCUGAGUGUGGUGCUUGGUUUCUCGUGGGAUCGAUUUCUGCAACAAGCUGAGUGAUUGAUAUGCUGAUACAUGGGAGAAAUUUUGUUGAAUAAAGUAAGCUCAACUUCUUAUAAUUUAGUAGUUGUAUUUCUUCUUGUUCUUCAAGCUCCACUUGAGAUUAUCUAAUAAAAGGAAAUAAAUACAAAUUUUGGCUCUGCUGCCUUUAUUUGCUCUUUUUCCAGGUAUCUCCAAAAA